AUGGGUGUACAACAAAUAUUAUAUUUGAAAAUGUUUAUGGAACAACAUAUUACAAAGUUAAGCAAUUCUUUGAAUUGCACAACCACCCACUUUAUUGAGGAUAGACCUUAUAUGAAAAAGGGAAGAAAGAUGUUAUAUUCUGAAAAAGAGUUUGUAGUACAUGCAUCAAAAGCUAAAAUUGGUCCAACAAUGGCUUACAAAAUACGAGCAGUUUUGAAAGGGGGAUACGAAUAUGUAGGGGCGAAGAUGAAAGAGAAAAGGCUUUUUAUACAGAGUUUAGAGACGUUAUAUCUUUUGAUGCCAGUUUUAGAACAAACAAGUAAGUUAAUGUAUAAAAUGGUAUUUGUUCCAUUCACAACAGUUGACCACCACAAGAAAUCAGUUGCUGUUGGCGCUAGGUUGUUGAGUAGAGAGACAAUUGAGUCUUAUGAAUGGCUACUUAAAGCUUUUCUUAGAGCUCAUGAAGAGAAAGCACCAAAAAUUGUUCUAACUGAUCAAGAUCCAACAACAAAACAAGCAGUGGAAUCUGUCUUGCCAAAUUCAAGACACAGAUUAUGCAUGUGGCACAUAACGAAAAAACUGCAAGCAAAGGUUAUUGGCAAUUUAUUUAAAAACAAUGACUUCAAGAAGAGAUUUAACAAGCUUGUUUGGAACUUGCAUAUCAAACCUGAUGAUUUUGAGAAGAAGUGGGAGUUGAUUAUUAAUGAAUUCAAUGAAGAUAAAAGAUGGUUCAAUGAUAUGUUCGAAUUACGUGACAAAUGGAUACCUGCAUACUUCAGUGACACUAGAAUGUCUGGAUUAAUGAAAACCACUUCAAGAUCAGAAAGCAUGAAUUCCUUCUUCAACACUUACUCGCAAUCUGGAAAUUUACUUUUACAUUUCAUGAUGAACUAUGACACUCCAAUUCAAAAACAAAGAAAUAGACAAAAUUAG